AUGUCAUUGAUGAAGGCGAUGAAUAGUAAAGGUGAUAGGCACGAUCCUUGGGGGACGCCAGCAUCGGGUUGUCUUAGUGUUGAGAAAGUCGAUCCGACUCUUACAGAGUACGAUCGGUUUGACAAAAAUGACUUGACUAGACUGACAAGUUGUGGGGCUGUGUUGAGCUUGAGUAGUUUGUGUAGUAGUCCAUCGUGCCAUACCUUGUCGAACGCUUUUUCGAAGUCGAGGAAGACUGCGGCUGUUUUUUACCUGCGAUUUGUCGCGUUGGUCAGGUGGUCGACUACUUGUGUCAGCUGGUUAGUUGUAGAGUGCUGUGGACGGAAGGCAAAUUGUUCCGGUCUGAUCGACGGGGACAGUGUUCUCCUGAGUUUGAUCAGUACUAGGAUCUCGAGUACCUUCGCCAUGGAGUUGAUCAGUGAUAUUGGCCGAUGGUUGCUUGGAUUUUUCAGGUCCUUCCCUGGUUUGGGAAUCAUUAUGACCGUAGCCAUUUUCCAGGAGGCGGGAAAGUGUUGA